AUCAGUCGCCACUACUCAGUGCAUACUGCAGGGGCAGUGACGUCACAGCCAGCCUCUCUUCCUGCUGCAUCACAACAGUCGCUGGUGGAUCGGGUAACACUGAGCUAUUUCCACUGCCUUGUGGAGUUUUUAUUUCAAUAAAUGUAACAGAAGUCCUCAUCGACAGCCUCAGCCGUUAAGCCCGUCACCUUCAGUUCGAGCGGACGUCAGCGCAGCAGUCGACUCGUUUGAAGCGCAGUGGGAGAUGGCCAGGCAAGAGCAGGUCCUGCUUCUAGAACCGCAGCACGAACUGAGGUUUCGAGGUCCAUUUACAGAUGUGGUGACCGCCACCCUAAAGCUUGCUAACCCCACAGACAGAAAUGUGUGCUUUAAAGUAAAGACGACUGCACCGCGCCGAUACUGUGUGCGGCCAAACAGCGGAGUGAUUGAUGCUGGAACCUCAAUCAACGUCUCUGUGAUGCUGCAACCAUUCGAUUAUGAUCCGAAUGAGAAAAGCAAACACAAGUUCAUGGUACAGUCUCUGCUGGCUCCACCUGACAUGACGGACACUGAGGGAGUGUGGAAGGACGCCAAGCCCGAGGAUCUGAUGGACUCCAAGCUGAGAUGUGUCUUUGAGAUGCCCUCUGAAAAUGAGAAAACACAUGAAAUGGAAAGCAAUAAGAUAUCCUCCAGUCUAUCAAAGUCGGAAUCAUCCACAUUGUCCAUGAAGUCCAUGGUCAGUCUGGAUGAUGGAGAGGUGAAGAAGAUCAUGGAGGAAUGUAAAAGACUGCAGACGGAGGUGCAGCGGCUACGAGAGGAGAACAAACAGAUCAGGGAAGAUGAUGGUCUGCGGAUGAGGAAGAGCACAGUAAUGUCCGCUCCGCACUCAUCUCCAGCGAUGAGAGUGAAGGAGGAGGGGCUGAGCACCAGGGUGAUCGCUCUAAUUGUGCUGUUUUUUGUCGUGGGUGUCAUCGUAGGCAAGUUGGCCUUGUAAAUUCCAAGAGGGGAUCACUGCAAGCAUGCAUUGCGGAUGUAACAAAAACAAACCAGAAAAGUAACCAAUGCAGAAUUCGUUUAAUCCGAGUACCAUAUCAUUUGGGUAGUUUUGGAUUAGUGAGGUGUGUAAAAUUAAUAAAGAGAUCAAGGAAUUUCAUCAUGUUAUGUGCAAAGAAAAAAAUCAUCAAACUAAUAAUAAUCUGACACAGCUCUUGCCUCAAAAUUGUGAAAUCAUUCUGGCCCCUGUUCCUUAAUUUUUUCUGAUGCAAGUACAAAUAGAUAACAAAUGUCAUAGAUUUUAACACUAAAAAUGUUGUAGGGAUUUUCUAACACCAGAUGUGCGAUUGAGUUGUGGUAGAGUGAAUGUUGUUUUAUCACUUUUUUUUCUCUCAGUGGGUCAAAAGCUAAUUGAGUCUGUAUACAAAUGCUAAACGUCUUUGAAAUGCGUCACAUGUGCAUUUAAUUUAUGCAUAUGCAGACUUCCUGCAUUAAAGCAGCAGUUCACUGAAGUUCAGCCUGUAUAUUUUCAAUCCCUCUUCAGGUUAAUGAUAAAACGAGCCUUCUGGUUUUUCCCUAGUCACACGGUUGUUUAAAUAGCAUGCAUUUUAUAUCUUCCAUCCUCCUCCGUUCAGUCCGACUGAUAUGUUUGAGUACCAGCAGCACGUACUAUGAUUCAACAUAUAGUUCCUCGGCGAAUCAGAUAAUGUCACUAAAUAUCCAUGUUUUUAUCACCGUUUCACACAUAUGUUCACUUGCAAUCAGCCACCAAUUGACAUCCAAAUGCCAAAACCACCCAUAGUGGCUUGGGUCACAAUUGGAUUCUUUUGGGAUUCAAACAUCUUUAAUUAAAAAAGCGAGGAGAUGUAUUGUUAAUGACUGAUCUUUCAAUCUGCUGUUACUGGGAAAGUGUUGGUGAAACCGAAAACAUUAUUUGCUCCAAAAACCAUUUGAAACAACAUUUCUCUGAACUGCUGUGUAUGUCGGUAAGGCACAGGGCUGACGCUUUUUGAAACCCACACUUUCGAUGAAGCUUUGCACAAAACAAGUUCCCUGUCAGAAUCAGAAUCACCUUUCAUUAUUGUCGAUUUCUUUUGGUAAGGGAUAUGCGCUUGAAUGCAUGGCUCUGUUGAGAGCAAAAAAAGGACUUUAUAUUUUAUUAAGCUGCUCCAUAGGUGAAAUAUCCUUUUCAGGCACCUCUGUUUCCGUUUUGCUGCCUGUAGACCAGAGUUAAUUUAUUGAUCAAGUCAUUAUAUACAGUAAUAGUGCAGCUGCUAAGCAUACUUUUGAUGCACCAUGUACAUGCAACUUGUUGAAGGUCUCUCUCCCUAUGAACUUUCUGUCUGAAGAUGCCACGAGGAGAGUUUACAGGUCCAUAAACACUUUACCCACUAAAAAAAAAGAACAAAAAAGUAGUUAAAGGUAUAGUUAACCCAAACUUUAACAUUUUGUCAUAAUGUUCAUGUUGUUCCAGCUCUUUUUUGUGAAACACAAAGAUUUGCUUUUCCUCCAUACCGAGGAAAGUAGAUGGUGAUGAAGAAGCACCAUGCAGGUAUUAUAAAACUCGUCCAAACAUCUUUUGCGCUGUAUUCCAAGUUGUCUGAAGCCAUAUGAAUAGUUGGGGUUUGCAUGAUAUUCUAUGUUGGCAGACUAUAUGAAAUAAUGAUACAUUAACAUUUUAGAGCUCCUAGGUAAGGUUACUAGUGGAAAAUAUCUGCUAUCAUAUGACUUCAGCAUAUAGUGCAGAUGUUGUCUGGAUCACAUUUAUGUUUUUUUUGCUUUCUUGUUCUUUUCAAGAUAAAUCCCCAUUUACUUUUAUGGAAAAGAACAGCUUGGACAUUCUGCGUGGCAUCUCCUUUUGGGUUUCAAGUGAAUAAAAUGAGGUUGGAACAACAUGACAGGGAUUAAACGGUGACAAAAUGUUGAUUCUUGAGCCAACUAUUCCCUUAAAAACUGACACAUGUGAGUAUUGUAACCUGUAUUUUAGCCAUGCCAAGCCUACACCUCAUUUCCAGAUAAAUGCAUGGCUUCAAUAUGCCUUGUCGGUGGUCUGAAAUGUACACAACACUGGUUUAUCUCACAGCAUAUGGCAUUAAAAUACACUCCUGACAUUUCUGCACUGUUUUCCUGAGCCCUCUGUUUCUUUGCUGUCCUCUGAUGUUAAUUUAGUUGUUUUGUCUGGAUUUAAGUUAUGAAUAAAGCUUUUAUUGCACAGAA